AUGGCUGUCAUAAUUGGAGCAGCUAAGAGACGUCAGGAUCUCGAGACAUCAUCCAGGCUUCAGUUCUCAAGUGAUGCACAUCGAGUUGCACUUGUUCGGCGACGCCUCAGAAGCCGGCUUCGGAGCUGUGGCUUACCUUCGUUACCAGAAUGCUCAAGGGGAAAUCUGCUGUUCCUUCCUCGCCUCCAAGCCCGGGUAGCCCCACUUAAGAUCCUUACCAUACCUAGACUCGAGCUGCAAGGUGCAGUUUUGGCAGCACGUCUGGGAGUGAUGUUGGAGUCUGAGCUCAAAGUCCAAGUCGAGAGGAGAGUCCAUUGGUCAGAUUCUGAAGUCGUCCUGAAAUACCUUCGUAACGAUACCAAGAGAUUUCGACCCUUCAUAGCCAACAGGGUGUCAGAAAUCAAAGACCUUACCGAGAGAGAGUCAUGGCAUCACGUACCUACGGAUCAAAAUCCGGCUGAUCUUUGUACAAGAGGGCUACAGGUGUCGUCAUUUCAAGAAGACAACGCUCAACAAGACAGCUUUGCAGAGGAGCUCGAUUGUCUUAAACGGGAACAACCAGUUGGCCAGAAAAGCCGCCUUGCCCAUGCAGGACCGUUCUAUGAUGGUAACAGCUGUUGUCUGAGAGUCGGUGGACGCCUGCGUAAAGCAUCUAUUCCAGAUGAAGCCAAGUUUCAGAUGAUUCUUCCCACGAGACAUCCCGUCACUCACUCGCUAACUAAGGAUACUCAUCGUCGUUUAACUCACUGCGGUCAAGAGCAUGUUAUAGCUGACCUGAGACAGAAAUACUGGCCAGUACGGGCCAGGGAGGCGGCUAAGCGGGCAAUUAAAGAUUGUCUGCUCUGUGAACGUAAGAAGGCAAAACCAUGCAUCCCCAGAAUGGCUGAUUUACCUGCGUCUCGUCUGCAAGUCACAUCCGGUCCGUUCGCCUACUGUGGAGUCGACUAUUGGGGACCUAUGCUUGUGAAAGAAAGGAGAAGCACCGUCAAAAGAUGGGGAUGCCUGUUUACGUGUCUGUCCACCCGUGCCUGUUUUCCGCCAGGAACCGCAAUGUUAUGUCUUGACUCAACUUACUGUAAAAUCGUUCAGGAACGUUGGGUCUCAUUCAAGACCCGCCUGUUAUAA